UAUCCUCCUACCAAACCUUAUCUUAUCAUCCUUUGCGGAACAAUUUUAACCUAGAAGAAACCUGGUUUGCCUACCCCUCCCUGUCUUCCCCGCCGCGGCUCACAAUUGCAACCUAACUAUUUGCUUAUUGCACAAUCAACAUUCCAAGCCUCUUAGCCAUUAAUCCACCCCGGACUCUAUUCACCUGGGAAAAGGCAUACGACUAGUCACCAUGGCCUCAAUAGCAGACAUACAAUAUCCAUGUGCACUGACGAUUGAGGUGCCAUUCCCUACACCAAGACUAGCAUCCAUCGCCCUAAAGGCACUACAGGUCGACAAAGAGCUAUCGCCUUUGGUGAAGCGAACUUUCUCCAUUGGCCAGUCAGAUGAAGACGCCGUCAAUGGGGAUUCAGGCGGGAAUAUCUUACGAACCGAGUACAAAGCCACCACCAACAGGAUGCUUCGCGUAGCCGUCAACUCCUUUAUGGAUAGUCUAAACUUAGUGGUCGAAGUCAUGCAAGAGCUUGACACGGAUGUACUAGCCACGGAAGACACCAAAGCAUGAAUCGACUUGUGAAAGCAUAGCCCCUUGUCACGACGGGUAAGGGAUACUGUCCCGCAACUCUUAGUGGAAUGUAAAACAAUAGCUACUAGGGGUUUAUACGAUGAUGCAGAGCACGUGGAAGUAUUCCUUAAAGAAUU